AUGGAGGCUACAACCCGACCGCCGCGUUUCACACGCCGACGGGUCAACGUGCUGAUAUUCGUGACGGAGAAGAUUGGGCCUGAAGUACUACCCUAUCUACUACAGAACCCGGACCUGAACCUCCGAGUAUUAUCAGACAUUUCCCGGGCCGAGUUCCAGCAAUACAUGGAGCCCCGAAUCCGACUGGACGAGGUGCAAUGGUACGAAAACCACCCGCAAGACCCAUACCGCAACCAGACGAUGAUGCAGGGCCACCGACUGGCACGGUGGGCAGACAUGAUGUUCAUCGUAAUGGAUGCGGGGAUGAUAUCGCUGAUGCUGAGCGGCUUCACGACGGACGUGGUACUGCACGUCCUGCGGUGCUGGGACGUGUCGAAGCGUAUCGCCCUGCUACCCGAGUUGAGCGUGGAUCAAUGGAAACACCCGACGUGGAAGCGGCAGCUGUCCAAACUCCAGCGAAAAUGGGACUGGGUGCACGUCCUGUCGCCCGCCCUCUGGGACUACGCGAGCGACCCUCAAGAUCUCACACAGCCAGGGCCCGGUCCGCAGGGGUCGCAAGAAGACACUGAUCCCGAGAUCGAAUGGCAAUGGGACGGACCUAACGAGAUGAUAGAAGUGGUCGACGGCGAAUCGCAGAUCAUUCUCCGUCUGACCCGUUCACAAACAUACGUCUCAUCACAACAUUAUUAUCAUCAGCUACCCGCUCCGAACUCGGCAGACUCUCCUGAAGCGUGCCAGAAACCCCGACUACCCAUGGAAAUAUGGACCAUGAUCAUGGACCAUCUGGGCGACUGGGAGCUAGCGACAGCGCUAGGAAUCUACACACACAUCCCGACACCUCACGAAUGGAAGCCAUUGAUCCCAUCGUCGAACAACAGCGGCAAAAUCAAAUCCCAAUCGUUGGAAUACACGAUCCUGACACAACCAAUGUCCCAAAUCAAGACAUGGUUCACCAACAACACCUCCUCCCAACCACCAACCACGUUAUCCCCCAUCGCCACACGGCUCAUCUUCCGCUUCAGCAUGACAGAUCUCCUGACAUACUUGGCCCUACACCAAAAAGACAUAUUCUGGACCUCUUUCGGCCUAGCAUUGCUGCCGCACAAGGCAUCACUAAUCUACAACUCUCCCACCAUCUUACAAUGGUGGCUCGACUGUCCCGCCGUCAUCAAAAAGGAAUACGGCCCCGAAGCCAUGGACGGAGCCUCUAGAGCGGGUUUCGUCGAAGUAUUAGACUGGUGGCUCGAAUCCGGUCUAAAACUAACAUAUACCGAACGGGCGCUCGAGUCCGCCUCGGCUAAGGGGCACGUCCACGUGUUAGAAUGGUGGCGCGUCAACUCGCUCAAACUCGCAGGCACGCCGCGCGAAAUGCCCUUGAAAGUCGGCAAGUCGAUCUUGUUGGCUGCCCAGUCCGGCCGCACAAAUAGUAUCGAGUGGUGGGAGAACAGUGGUAUCCCUUAUUCGCAUGAAGAUGGCGUUGCACGCCUCGCUUCCCAGCACGGCCAUGUCCCUGUUUUGGAGUUGUGGCAUCAUCUCAAGGGAUCCAAGAUGAUUUUUGAUAAUCAGGUCCUUGUCGGCGCGACUAAAAAUGGCCAUGCUGGCGUCCUGCAGUGGUGGAAGGAUGUUAGUCGCAAACACGGUCUGCGCGUCGAGUACAAGACUUGCGAUAUCGAGGAGGCCAUGGAGGAUGCCGUCGGCGGCGGCGGCGAGGGCGAGGUCAGAGAGUGGUGGGGGCGCAAUGGUUUGAAUCUGGGUGUUGGGACUGGUGAAUGGAUGAGGGUCAAGACGCUGUGA